AUGACUUCUGAUGUGUACUUUGUCCCACCCCUCCCCAUCAUUGGAAACGGAAUUGCCGCUGACCCUUACCCACCACAAGCUCUGUUUGAAACUGAGGCUAUGAGGAUAGUGUCAAAGCGCAUCGCGAGGAUCUUACAAUCUUUGACGGUUAUCAGCGUGAAGAACGCAUCGGCCUCGAAAGCCAUUGACAAGGUGCGGAUCCUGAACACCAUCUGCAAGCGGAGUUCCCUUGAUGGCGAUCCUCCGGAGACAUCCCCGCACUACGACGAGGUCGACUCAGGCCUCCGCGCAAUCUUCGCCCUCUCGGCUCUGCCCAUUUGCGCAAAGCGCGGGCUUCAGAAGGAGCUUGGGGCCAUUGCAGACGUACUGCGCCAGGACACGCGUGAGCGGGAGGCACUGAAUGUGAAUCUUGGCCAUAUCCAGCAAAAUACCCAGAGUGCCACUCGCCCCAUGGAGCGCGUUCUGCUGAUCUCCCUGGGCUCCCGCGGGGACAUGGAGCCCUUCCUAGCCCUGGGCGAGGAGCUGCAAAUGGCUGGGCACGCCGUGGCCUUCUGCAUGCCGGCGCAGUUUGAGGGCCUGGCCACAGAGGUCAGCCAGACCUUCUACGCCAUGGACAAGGCUUACUUGGAGCUGGUCGAGAACGACGACGUCAGAAGGGUCAUCGGCCAAGUGGGAUCGGCCUUUUCGAGGCUAAGGGCGAGCAUUCGGCUGCUGCAUCUCAGACUGCCAUAG